UUCCAGCAUUAAGACCUGCUAAAGAAACCCAUAGUCAACUUGACUACAAGUUUCCCGCAUGCACCGGGCUCCCAGACGUCACAGGCGAGGUGUGUUGGGGGGUCGAGAGCUCACAAAGUACGGGGGAUUGAAGUCACGCAAGCACGCUGCUGGAGCCACCACGGCUCGUAAGGUAACCUUGGGGUGCAAUUCCGGGCUUAUUUUCACUCACCAACGGGAUAUUUUGUUCAACUGAAACGUGCAUCGGUACCCGUCUAUAAUCCAUGUGGAUAUUUACAGUUCCAAUCAGCGAGUGACUCUCUCUCCAUUCUUGGAAGAGAUAGUCCGUGGGUUGAUUUGUCAAAACUGUCGGGGGAGAGCUUUUCCUUGUUGCAGCUUCUCCAGUUUUUCCAUCGCUGUGCCGAUUUUGGACUAACUUUUUCUGUCAGAGGACUGCAGAGUUUAAAUUGUUUGCUCUCAACACAUCAUCAUGACGUAUCCAAGACAGCUUCAUCUACUCGUCAUAGUGACGUCACUUCUAAGUCUUACCGUUGUUGCGUUCACCCAAUCGUUCACCCAACCGUGUGUUGCGACAACGUGCGCGUAUACAGCUGAUAUUGCAUUCGCUGACUGUAAUGGCCGCCAGUUGAAGUGUCUACCACUGUCCUUCAAUCAGGCUAUCAACAUGGACAUGGGUCAAAACGCCAUCCAACGUCUACCGAGGAGUAUGCUUGCGGGUUAUUUAAGACUCAAAUCCCUAGACCUCAACAACAACUUAAUCUCAGUUAUAGAGGAUCAUGCGUUCGGUUCCAUGAAAACGCUGACGACUCUCACUCUAAGUUUUAAUAGGAUUACCCAAUUGGGAAUGGCGACCUUUAGCGGACUGCUGAGUAUCCAGGCUCUUUAUCUACAGGGAAACAGCAUCGUGUCUAUACACGCCAACGCGUUUAACGGAUUAACACAGAUGCAGGAAUUAAACAUCGCUGGUAACCGGCUGGUAACUCUGCCUGCUUCCGUGUUUAGCCAAUUGAUUAACCUCAGACGGCUCAUGCUGCAAGAGAACCAACUGAGAACCAAUAAUCGAUUUCUGAACGGAUUGGACAACCUAAUCGAACUGGACCUUGAUGGGAACCGGUUCGUCAACUUACCCGAUCUGAGCGGUAUGCGCAUGCUCGGUGACCUUGAAAUAACCGAUUCCAAUAUACAACGGAUUAGGAAUAAUUCUUUUUCUCAUUGUGGACGGAUUAAAGAACUUAUCCUAGCCAGUAACUUUAUUGAUACCAUCGAACCCGAAGGACUGAGUGGAUUGAGAUCUGUAACUGACAUGUACCUCUCCUUUAACUCCUUGAAGACACUCCCGAUAAAUGUCUUCAGCAAACUGGUUUACAUGGAAAGAUUAUUUCUUCAAAACAACCUUUUGACAUCGCUGUCAGGAACUCAUUUUGCAACCCUAACGCGAUUGCGUGCUCUGUAUCUAGGCAACAACCAACUGAAAGUUUUCCCGCCACUUCCUGCGAGCAGGUCACUCACCAUCCUCGACCUGACCGCCAAUAACCUUUCAACUAUGACCCAGGAUAUGAUUGUUUCCCUCCCUCUACUUAACCGUCUGCUCCUCACCAAGAAUCCCUUAAUAUGCGAUUGCCGUCUGAAAUUCCUCAGACGGUGGUUUAUCAAUCAGGGUAGAGCCCACCGUCCCCUCGAUCUCCCAACAUGUGAUGUUCCCAUUUUACUCAGCGGUACCCGUCUAACAAUGGUCCCUGCAGGAGGGCUCUCUUGUACCCCUCCGACCGUCCGGGUCCGGGCUGCUACCGUCGGGGUAACAGAGGGUCAGAACAUCACCCUGGAGUGCAGUGGAUCCGGUGGGUUCCCAUCACCAACAAUCACUUGGAGAUCACCCAGCAACCAGAGACUUAUCCCGGAUGUUCGGUCCGGACGAUACCUCGUCUCGGAUGACGGUCCUUUGAUGAUAAUCCGAGCUACGAUGUCAGAUACGGGUCUGUUUACAUGCGUUGGUUCUAAUCCGGCCGGAACAGUGACCGCUCCGGUACAGUUGAAGAUCCAAGCAAAUCCCAACCCACCAGCUGCUACUGUCGCCACAAGUGUCAUUUUCACACCAGUAAUUGGCAUCACUGGCCCCCCUGUCCGGACCACCACAAUGCUAAGACCAACAACUCAAGCGGUCGAGAUCAAAACAACUCCAGAAUCGCCCUCUGGAGGAGUCACACCGUUACCCACUACUGAGACACCUCGACAAGACGAAGACCGAGUGUUGGAUUCGAACCCAAGACUACCAGAUUCGAAUGAGGAAGACCUGCCCCCAAACCACACGGUCUGUGAUUACAAUCCCGGAAAGGUCAUUAUUGCUAUAUUUAUCACUUUCUUCCUGACCUGUUUGCUUUGUGUCUUGUUAUUCUGGUCAUGGUAUCAUCGUCUUAUCCCAAAGUUCAUCAGCCGAUCUUUGAACCUAAGGUCACUCAAGAACAAACGACUGUCUCGCAACAUCGUCCCCACACGCGCUCGAGCCCCCUUGCCUUACAGCCAGAUGCUAAGCGAAGGCGUCUACAUGCGUCCGAGUUCGCUGAGCGGGAGCGACGAUUCGGUCAGCACUAGCAGCAGCUUCGAGCAGGAUAAUCGUUACGUCAUCACAGAGAGCAUUGUGGGACCGGAAGGCUUCCCCGGACGGCAGACAAUGUUAAACAAACGUGGGCGUAAACCUAUCCCCGGACCUAGUGAUUCUCAACACACGUAUAUCAAUGCGGACGUGGUUGUAAAUGACUCUAACUACACAGCGCUAUGUACUGGUAAGGAUGAGAGAGCACCAAGUCCCCAUACUAUACCAAGAAAACAGGUUCGAAGACUUCCAAAUACCGACGGUAGAGGUGUAAGCACAGACAGUAGUAGAAUAUACAUGGACUUAAGUUGAAAAUAAACUAUGGACAGUUAUGAUCACUGCAUGGUGAGGUUAAAGACAGUGGACACUAUUGGUAAUUG